AUGUCAGAACCGACUCAGAAACGUCGCAGAGUCGACUCGCCAACCGCAGAUACCAUCAUCGAACGCUCCGAGUCCUUUUGGAUGGAAGACGGCAACAUCGUCCUCCAAGCAGAAGACAAGCAAUUUCGUGUCCAUAGGACGAUGCUGGCGCGUCAUUCGACAAUAUUCAAGGAUGUGUUUACGAUUCCACAACCCCAGGAGCCCCAGGAGCGCAAGGUUGACGGGUGUCCCGUAGUUGGUCUUUCAGAUAAGGCUGAGGAUGUUGAGCAGGUCCUAGCCAUCCUCUAUGAUGGUGUUAGUGUUCUAGAUCUUAGUAAGGACCUCCCAGUAUCACAAAUUGCAGCUAUGCUACGGCUGGGCAAGAAGUACGACAUCACCUUCUUGCAGGAGAAAGCCCUGGAACGGCUUCGGCGAGCCUUUCCCUCUACCCUGGAAGACUGGGAUAUGUCCUUUGGUGAACACUGUGCUCCGGUUAUUGUGUAUGAAGAGCCGUCACGUACAAAGGUCGCCGAAGCCGCCAUUUCCCUUGCCCUUGAACAUGGGCUGCCAAGGAUCCUGCCUGGAGCUUUCUUGUACUACAUAUCUCAAACACCACCAGAAGUCAUACUAAAAGGAGAAGAUAAUGAACUUCCUCUGGAAGUGCGCUUGCAGUGUAUCCUAGGACGCGACAAGCUCCUCCGACACAUCUCCUUCGCGCUUCUGAACAGGGCAGGUGAAUGCGAAUUUCUGGGAAAGCGAAAUUAUCUGCAUUCUGGGCUACCGACUCGCGCAUAUGGACCUUUUCACCCAACUUACCACCUGAUUUUGAAAUCGACGAUCUCUGCAAAAGCUGCUCUGAUAGUAUUGAAGCCUGCUACGAGGAACUUCAUGGAGAACUAUGGGUCAAGCUACCGACCUUCUUUGAUCUUCCAGCUUGGGAAGACAUCAAGGACUUCGACCAGUAGCAGCGUCAACUUGAACCGGACACACUGGCGCAUAGACUUCCUCCACCUGUCAUCUAUAGCUCUCUUUCCUUUUAUCAUGUUCUUUUAA